CAGGAAGGCCAGAAUUUCCUCCUCCAGUGAGUCAUUAAAGCAUCGAUCCAUGGAAGAAACAUUCUGUAUGGAUCCUUGGACCUAUGCAGUGUCAAGUGGACCAGAAGAUAGACAAAGAGUUUGACAACAAAUAAUCACAUAGACUGGACGUGCAACAUCGCCUGAGGACUUUCGACAGUCUCGGCUGUUUGGACAAAUUUCACAGUAGAGGCCAUGUCUCAGAAGGACCUGAAAGAAGCAUUUGUCAGUAAUCUCAAUGGGACGAGUCUUCAGGAAGUGGCAGUGGGUUCAUUUCUCACCCCACUAUGCAUCCUCAAGCGAGCGCUCAUUUUGAUCCUCUACCAUCAUGUUAUGGGGAGUCUCCCUUUGCCGUUUCCAUGGAUUGCUCACCCGCUUCUUGAUUUCUUUGUGCUGGUCGUUCCCCUCAUCCUGUCAUGCACUGUCCUGAGCAACCACCUUCUCCUUGUGGUUUUGACUUUCACCUUUUUUUUGUUUUGUGGGCUUUGUUACAUCUACCUGAGUAGCCGGCAAACUUCUCUCAGCACCUUCCUCAACAGGACUAUUUAUUUCAAACAGGUUCCCUUUGUGACCAUCUUUAGAGUGAUGGUGAAUGUACAAACAGCGAUCAGUAUUCUGGCUGUAGACUUUCGAGUCUUUCCAAGGCGAUAUGCUAAAACAGAAACUUAUGGAACAGGCGUGAUGGACUUUGGUGUUGGAGCGUUCAUCUUUGCAAAUGGUCUUGUGUGCCCAGAAGCACGUGGGAAGAAUGUUUACGGUUCCAAAAUGAAACACAUCACCAAACAGCUCCUGUCUGUCUGGCCUCUGGUUGUUCUCGGUGCAGCGCGACUUGCCUUUGUCAAAAUGAGUGAGUACCAAGAACAUGUGAGCGAAUAUGGUGCCCAUUGGAAUUUUUUCUUCACGUUGGCCUUCGUGAGGGUUCUGACAUCCAUAAUUUUGGUUGUUGUACCGGCAAGACACUCAUGGAUCUUGGCUCUUGCCAUAAGUGGUGCUUAUCAGUUUGCUCUGGAGACAACGACCCUCAAGGCUUUCAUCUUGCACAAUAAUUACAGAGAGAAAGACUUGCUGCAUGCUAACAAAGAGGGCAUUUUCUCCAUAGCAGGCUAUGUUGCCAUCUACAUGGCUGGAGUUCAGGUAGGAUGUUACGUGAUGCAGCCAAGAUCACAUGUCAGGGACUGGCUGAAAACAGUUUUUAACCUCCUAAUUGUAACUCUCACACUGUUUGCUGCUUUGUGCAUGUGCCAAAACUUUGUGGAGCCGGUGUCUCGUCGUGUAGCUAAUCUACCUUUCUGCUUCUGGAGUGUUGCGCAGUCUCUCUUUUUCCUUUCAUGUAUCGGUUUAGUUGAUUUGAUUGUACUCUUUUCCAAAACAACAUCAGGCUGUCACUUUAUACCAUCAUCGUGGAAUUCAUAUUCAGGCCUCCGCAAAAAGAAAGAUGAGAUGGAGGGAUUGUGCCUCGUUCAAGCCAUCAAUAAGAAUCAAUUGUUAUAUUUUCUGCUCUCAAAUGUCUUGACAGGUUUGACUAACGCUUUAGUCGACACACUUAAUUGCAGUGAUAUAUUUUCUGUGUGCAUCCUGCUGUCUUACAUGUUCACAAACUGCACCAUUAUAUAUGUUUUGCUCCUCUGUGGAAUUACAAUAAAAUUUUGGUAAAGAAAAAAAACUGUUUUAAAAAUGCCAGCAAAUUGUGUUGAUUUUCAAUGUACUUUUGGAAAAAUGAAUGGCUUUUUCCUUCCUUUGCUGGAGGGAUCCAGUCCAUUGAUCAUUUACAUUGUCAAGAGUCUUGGAACAUUUGUUGUAAUAAUUCAGCUGUUUUCCUGAAAAAUUAUAUAGUUUUUUUUUUUUUUUGCUUCAUUUUGUGCAGCAUUAAUUUUUUUCAGUAUCCAUCUAGUUUCUUAGCCGCUUAUCCUACCCAGGGUUCCGGGAGUGCUGGAGCCUAUCCCAGCUGUCAUCGGGCAGGAGGCAGUGUACACCCUGAACUGGUUGCCAGCCAAUCACAGGGCACACGGAGACAAGACAACAGCCGCACUUACAGACACACGGAGGGGCAAUUCAGAUUGUCCAAUUACUGUUGCAUGUUUUUGGGAUGUGGGAGGAAAAUAGAGUGCCUGGAGAAAACCCACACAGGCAGGGGGAGAACAUGCAAACUCCACGCAGGCAGGGCAGGGAUUUAACCCAGGUCCUCAGAACUGUGAGGCAAGAUGCUCUAUCCAUUUGCCACCAUAGGAGUGACAGCAAAGUUGGAUUUACUAUCCACUCAUUGGUGAACAUUACGUAAGCAGGAGAGCAUCUUUCCAGCAAUUAGUUCAAUUUUUCAAACAACUUUUGUAUUUUAUAAGUAGUCAUAUAAAGUAUGUAUGUAUCUAAGAUUGGCAGGAAGUAAUGAAAUACAAAUACUUUGUUAGUGUUUUAUAUAUAUACUUUACUAGAUUAUCUAAUUUUCUUUUACCUUUACAUUUGAAAACAGACGCGGCAUUUGAAACUAUUUUGUCAAAAGAGGCUUGUUGCUUUUUUUCAACUUCUGUGAGGAUGAUUUAUGAUGAAAAAAAUGUGAAUAAAGACAAGAAAAGUCAACCGUGCUUGAAAUCUUGAAGAUUUAUAAGGUGGGGAAAACAAAGGCAGCAGCAACACUUGAGGAACAAAACAAAUUCAGAGAAGCAAGAUAUUCCCUGUCCGUGGCCUGUUAAAUGACUAGAAUAAUAGUUCAUGGGGACUGUGUUGACUUGUCCUGCCUGAAACCACAAAUUUCUGGAAUUAAAAAAUUCUCAAUCAACGCUGAGAAACAAAACAAAACACAUAAAACGUAAGGCGUAUUUCUUUCAUCCACCGACUUUUCCUCAGUUAUUAACUAAAUUUGAAUUUUUUUUUUGACAGCA